UGAAGCCCUGCCGCCCUGGGGACCAUGUUUAACGGGGAGCCUGGUCCAGCCUCAGCUGGGGCCUCUAGGAACGUGGUACGGAGCUCCAGCAUCAGUGGCGAGAUCUGUGGAUCCCAGCAAGCUGGGGGUGUGGCCGGGACCACCACAGCCAAGAAACGGCGAAGCAGCUUGGGUGCCAAGAUGGUGGCUAUUGUCGGCUUGACCCAGUGGAGCAAAAGCACACUGCAGCUCCCCCAGCCUGAAGGGGCCACUAAGAAGCUCCGUAGCAAUAUCCGACGGAGCACAGAGACUGGCAUUGCGGUGGAGAUGCGGAGCCGUGUCACGCGCCAGGGCAGCCGGGAGUCUACGGAUGGAAGCACCAACAGCAACAGCUCCGAGGGCGCCUUUAUUUUUCCCACUCGGCUUGGAGCUGAAAGCCAGUUCAGUGAUUUUCUGGAUGGCCUGGGACCAGCCCAGAUUGUGGGGCGACAAACAUUGGCAACACCUCCCAUGGGAGACGUGCACAUUGCCAUCAUGGACCGGAGCGGCCAGCUGGAGGUGGAAGUGAUUGAAGCUCGGGGUCUGACCCCCAAACCAGGUUCCAAAUCCCUCCCAGCCACCUAUAUCAAGGCUUACCUGCUGGAGAACGGGGCAUGUGUAGCCAAGAAAAAAACAAAGGUGGCCAAGAAGACUUGUGAUCCCUUGUACCAGCAGGCUCUGCUCUUUGACGAGGGGCCCCAAGGCAAGGUUCUGCAGGUGAUCGUCUGGGGAGACUAUGGCCGUAUGGACCACAAAUGCUUCAUGGGUAUGGCCCAGAUCAUGCUGGAUGAGCUGGACCUGAAUGCCGCUGUCACCGGCUGGUACAAACUCUUCCCCACAUCCUCUGUGGCUGACUCCACACUCGGAUCCCUUACCAGGCGCCUGUCCCAGUCCUCUUUGGAAAGUGCCACCAGCCCCUCCCCCUCGUGCUCCUAAGGACCUCACUGAGGACAAGAGGCCAGAGGCUGAUGGGUGAAGGAAGCCUGCUGGCCACACCACCCCCUGUACAUAGUCUCCAUGUCUUUCUGGACCCCUCACCCUGCUGCAUGCUUGUUGGCCACUGGGCUUGUCCCAGCUGGCAGUGGAGACUGUAGUGUGUGUCUGUGUGUCUGUGUGUAUGUGUGACCACAUUAUAUCUGUCCAUUUGUCUGGGUACAGUCAGUCCUGGUGACCACAUGGAAUGCAGUCCAUGUCUCUGUAUCUUGCUGGAAGGAAUCCAGAGGAACAUCACGUGACAUGUCUUGCCCCUGGAGUCUCAAGGGGUGGAAGUAGAUAGAAGAUGUGGCCACUGGUGGGCCUGGUUGUCUUAUGGUCUCCACUUGGUUUUCUGUCCUGUCUUUUGUUUCUUUGCCUCUCCCAGCAUUGCUGCUCUUUUUUGAGGAAUGUAGCAUCCAUUGCAGCUGACCAUACCUGGUUCCCUCUAGGAAUCCAAUCUCUUCUCCCUAUCCCAGCCAUGCUGGUGGUCAUCCCAUUGAAUGCACUCCACAGCAUGUGGCAUGCUCACCCAGUGCCCUGGCCCGGCCCCCCAGGAAGACAGAGGAUGUCUGGAGAGGAGGGGCCUUGAGAAUGUUUCUGCCCCCUGGGGCUGGCACCUUCUUAUAGGCCACGUAUAGGAGAGCUGAGUUCCGGGGUGCUGACCAGACACCUAGAGGAAAUGCUAGGGCCUCUCCUCCCCUGGAGCGUGCUCCAAUAUGCCAGAGGAGCUCCCCUAGUGGGCCCAAGGCAGGUUUCUUGUCAGCAGAUGGCCUUCUUGGGCAGCAAGGAUGGACCUGACUCCUUUGGGAUAUCCCUGAAGGAGCAUGGCUUGGUAAGAGGUGUCAUGGGUUGGGCUGCUUGCUGGAGUAAGGAGGGCUAAGGCUGAAUUGUUUUGAGUUCCCGUCAGGAAUCCUGUCUGACCUGGGGAUUAGCUGCAUGAAGCUGUUCUUCCAGGGUUCUGCUUUCUUUGCUCAUCUGUAGACACCAGUCCCCAGCUGGGGUUCUGACACACCAGGGCUCCAGUCUCCUAGCUCCAUGAGCAGCCUGGCUCUGCACUUGGGUGCCUCUGUCACCAGCUCUGUACCAGCAAUACUCACCCCUCCACCUCCCUGCCUUUGAGUGGUCCCCUGCUCCUCUGGGCAGUGGCCUGCACUAGGCACCUGCUGCCUCUGCUUUACUACCCCUUCCCCUGUCUGGUUGGGGCUCCUCCCAACCACUGAGAACCCUGUUGGAGGGACUAGUGCCUGGGCUCGAGCCUGAGGUGGCUGUUAUUAAUACUCAAGGCUAGCUCCGGAAUGCCAUAUCUGUUCCUCCCCCUGUUUAGCGAUAGGGUGGAAUUGGAGGCUGCCUGGGAGAUGGCAAAGCAACCCUGGUCCAUGUCCAAGAGGAAGGAGGAGGUGGUGGGGGUAGGAGAAAGGAAGGCUCUUUCUGUCUCUUCUAGCCCAUCUCCAAGUGUGGCCAUGCCUCGAGCCCAAAUACCUGGGCAAAGAAAGCUACCAAGGUAACUGUGAAAAGUCCUUGGCCUGUGUGUGAAUUCCAUUAGUACCAAAGCUGGGGUGCAUAAAGCCAGCCCAGCCCAAAAGGCCUCCCUGUAGUCAGAGUCCUGCACCCUCCUUUCAAAGAAAGGUGGUGAAGAACCUCCCACACCAAGUGGGGGUGAGGGAGAGGACGAUGAACAGGACUGAGGACAUCCGUGCAGGCAGGGGAGUGUAUGCAUCUCCUGUAUCACUAGACACGGGGCAGAGCGCGCUGGCUUCUGACCCUUAGUGGGUUGGGAGCAAGGAGGAAACUGGCUUGCAAAAGGCUGUUUUCAUCUUGCUUGUGGUGUGUGUGUGCCUGUAAAGCUGUUAUCCUCUGGAUUCUGUGAAAAGCAUCUGGAGUGGAGGAGGGUCAGUGACCCACUGACAUCGGAGACCUUUGCCGAUGUGGCACUGAGUCACCUCCAGGAGUGGGAGCUGCCCUCAGAGGGUCAGCACAGGGGAUGUGCUAGAGCCAGAGGAAGGAGUUAUGUGCUGGGAAUUCAUGCUAACCUGCCUGCCUACAGUCAGUGGCUGUAAACUGCCUAGGCGAUGGGCUCUUAGCUGUCCCAUUCCUCUCGUGGAAGCUAACCCCCUCCCCCAAUUGAUCUUGAGGAGUUCACUCUUUUUAAUAAAUAAUCCCACCUAGAUUCUUGCUGGCUGUAUAAGGCUAGUGUGUGCAUGUGAUAGAGAGGCUGGAUUUAAAACUCUGUUUCUCAGCACCCUGCAUGCAGGGCUUCACCGGGAUGCUAUUCUAGAGAUAGCCCUGUCCCAGAAGAGGAGUGUGAAUCUUGCGUGGGCUGGGAGCUAUCUGCCCUUUGAGGAAAGGACAAUGGGUCAAAAAGUAACUGGGUCCUUGUGAGUCCCCUUACCAACAGGCCACUUCACAUAUAAACCCUUGCCCUGGUGGCAGUCAUCCCAUCUCCUCUAGGCAGGCCAGAUUCAUCGGCGCUAUGGCUGAGGCAGGAGUAGCCCUGCAGCGAUGCUGGGCUGUGGGCAGUGAUGAGUGACUCAGAGCAUGUGUCUCUGUAUUUCUGCCCUGCUCAGCCUGCCCCACUUUUUCAGAUUCCUUCCCUACAAGGAAGUCAGAGAUGGGACUCUGUGUUAGGAAACAUUCUCCAGGAAAUGGGCCAGGUCUUGGUUUGACAAGGGGACAUUUGGUCCUUUGGGGAAGAACCAGUUCCUAAGGCACUCUCAUCCAGUCUCUCCUCCCACCCAGCUCUGCUGAGGAGCACCUAUUCAGCGGGUCCUGGCAAUGCCAGUGUGCCACGGAGUAGAGGCAGAACCAAGGAAAGCUCUAGAAAGGCAGGGGUGGUGGUGUCUGGGUGGUGCCACACUGGGGUCAAGCUAACUCUCCUAGGGGCUUGACCCCCACUCCCCAACCAGGGAAGCAUGCCAGCUCUUCCUUUACUGCCAGCCUGGGGAAAACCAGCAGCCUCAGUUUUGUUUUGUUUUUAAGACAAUUGAGCCCUCCUGGGGCAUUUCUUUGGAAAUGAAAUGUAGCACAAUCCUUAACUGUGUUCCCAGGAGCCCUGUCAUACCCAGGGGCCUCACACCACAGGUUCUGCUUCCCCUGGGGACCCAGAGCUCCUGAUACCUCAUGUUCUCCAUCACCCUUGGCCUAGGAAGCAGUGGCACCCCAGCAAGGCUGCUCUUCUGUGUUUCUCUGAUUGCGUCCAGCACUGUGCAAACUCUUUAAGAAGCCGCUGCCUUUGACCGAGGCUGCUGUCCUCCGCCUGGGGAGAUGUGGUACUUCCUGCAGGGCCUGAAGCUAGCCCAGCAGAAUUUCUGUAGUGGCCACAAGGAGGUGGACAAGAAGAGGCCUGCUUCCCUACCACCUCCUCCUCUCCUGCUCCUCAGUUGUCUCCACUGUCCUGACACAUAAAGACAUUCUUUUGAAUACACCACCUCUCCUGCAUCGUCUUCCGCCGGAUGAUCAGAGAGGAGCUGGAAAAGUAGACUACUUCCCUGCCUUCUCCCUCCAGUCUGCUUCUAGCCCAGGUCCAAAGAGGCUGGGGAGAUCAGCCACCAUCAGAGAGCAGGGGCGCCCCAUCCAAUCAGGUGUGAAUUGAUGGUGGCAGGAUCAGCCUGGCCUGGCUGGGAAAGGGUCAUUUUGAGAGUGCCUGAGCAUCUCAGAGCAAUGUCAGUGAUGCCAAAGAGAGCAACUUGGCCUCCUUGGGUACCAGUUCUGUCGGUGGAGCUGGACAAACAUGGAUCAGAAGUUGGCAUGCCCAAGGGAAGGUCCUUGUUCUCUGACAAAGGGCUUAAUCUUUCCAUGUAGCAAAGCAACUCCCCUCCCCCCAACCCUGAGUGUGGGCUUCUGUGGGCCCAGCAUGGCUGUGCCUGUACGAAAAACCAAGCCGUAUGAGUGACAGACCCUGUUUUCUCCCUGGGGCCUAGUCUGUCUCAGCAGGUGCUCCUUGGAAAGCGUGAGUGUUGCUUUGGAGAAACUGGCUCUGACUGGACACUCGCCAUCAGGGACAGGGCCUUGGGCCUGCCAGGAAGUCCAUACUGAUGCCAGGAAGGGUCCCUGGACCUGAGAAUCCCAGGGACAACUGAGCAUCUGCCCCUUUAGCCAAUGACCUGGAUAGGGAUGGCUGUUCUGUACCCUUCCCCCACCCCACACCCACUUUUUGCCAGCAACUGUGACCUUGUGCAAGACUCCUCACCGGGCUUUGGCAUCCUCAUCUGUAAAAUCAGAGCAUUAGCAAUUUGCUCCAUGGCUCCCUCCAGGCUUCGGAAGUCUAUGGGUUGGGUGGUGAGGGCGGUAAGGGCCAGGUUCAUCUCCCUCGGUUCUUGUGCUUGGAGCAGGUCCUCAUUUGGUCCAUGCUCAGAUACUGCUCCUGGCAAGAAAGCCGCAGAGCCCAAAAACAUGGCUUUGCCUCUUCGUAAUCCCCCACACACACCUUCUCGUCUUGGUGAGAAAUGACUGAUUCCAAGGUGCCGUAAUGUCACCAUCUCUGCUGUAUCCUGAGUAAGGCCAUUCCUCAUUUUGCUUUUAGAUGACAGCCCAGGAAGAGUGGACACUCGGAAACUUUUAAAGGAAUUCUCUCUGAGGGGAUGAGAGAAGGAAA